AUGGAUUGGACAGCUACUGGACAUCAAAUAUUGUUAGAAUUGAAUGAAUUGGAGGAAUUAAAAGCUCAAGCUUAUGAGAAUACCAGGAUCUAUAAGGAGAAAACCAAGAGAUGGCACGACAAUAGGAUUAUGCCUAGACAAUUUGAAUAUGGGCAAAAGGUGUUGUUGUUUAACUCACGACUGAAGUUGUUUCUUGGCAAACUGAAGUCAAGAUGGCCAGGUCCUUUUGAGGUGAUCAAGACUUAUCCUCAUAGAGCGGUUAACAUCCAUGACAACAAAACUGGAUCAACUUUUAAGAUUAAUGACCAACAUUUAAAUCACUAUUGGGGUGCUCAAGUGAACCAAAACAAGCAAGCCAUUGAUCUUAGAGAUGUCUAA